UGGCUGUCAAAGGAAGCACGCGGACGUCCCUCUUGAUGCACGCCAAGACGCAAGGUCCACGGCAAUCUUUUUGCAGCCGAUUUUCUAGGAGGUGAAAUUACUCGCCAUCUAAAUAAAUUAUUCUUUCAAUUGAGUACAUGUUGCGUAACUGGACAUCAGCGGAGGUAAUUUCCUUAAUGUAACCGAAAAGGACGGAAUAAUGCUUCCGAGUCCGGUCACUUCUACGCCGUUCUCAGUCAAAGACAUACUGAAGCUUGAACAGCAACAAUCUCAAACGCACCUCCAUCUCGAGCAACCGCGCGCCCACUUGCAUCGGGAUCUGCUACAGCAGCAGCAACAUUAUCAACCGCCCCCUUCGUGCAUGCUCGCGGCACGGGAGAGCCCUGCUUUCUCAGACGGGGAGGACAACAUGUCCUACCUAAAUUCUAUGCCUGUGCGGGACAGCCUUUGUGAGGCUAGCCUCUCGGCAGGGAUAUUCGUUCAGUCGGCACUAGAACAUUUGGUCGACCCCAAGUUAGAGGCUGAUCUCGAGGACCCGGACACUGAGAGCUGUGGCGUCGUGACCAAACCGCAGGAAUGCGAGAACGGCCGGCAUUCGGAUUCGGAAAGGCCCAACAAACAGAGGACCAGGCGGAAACCGAGGGUCCUCUUCUCCCAGGCCCAGGUGUUUGAACUCGAAAGACGCUUCAAACAGCAGAGAUAUCUAUCGGCGCCGGAGAGGGAGCACCUGGCCAGUACUCUGAAACUUACGUCAACCCAAGUCAAAAUAUGGUUCCAGAACCGAAGGUACAAAUGCAAACGACAACGUCAAGAUAAGUCUCUGGAAAUGGCAGGACACCACCAUCCGCCACCACCGAGGCGGGUUGCAGUGCCAGUUUUAGUCCGAGAUGGCAAGCCUUGCUUAGGGGGAUCGCAGAAUUAUAAUGCGCCGUAUUGUGGCGCAAACCCUUACACUUAUAACGGUUACCCGGCGUAUACCUACGGCAACCCGGCAUACAAUACCAGCUACAGCUGCACCUAUUCGAGUAUCCCUGCUCUCCCUUCUGCCACAACGGCUAACGCGUUUAUGAACAUGAACCUCAGCAAUAUUGCGAACCUCAGCAAUUCCACCCAGCCGCAAACACAUCAAGGAACGGCGGUUUCAUCGUGCCAAGGGACACUGCAUGGCAUCCGAGCUUGGUAGCUAAAAACGCUGCAGAAACCAGGCAAAGGUUUCCGAUUUACCUGACGCCAGUUCCGAUCAAUUCAUUUCAGCUACCAUGGAAAUUCAUAUUUAAAAGUGUUAGCUAGACCUAUACAUUGUCAGCAGUAUUUCUGAAACAAGUGUUCUUGUGUAGUAGGCCUAAAGUUUUUUUUUUUUAUGAGAUGGACUGAGCCCAUUAAGCAACGGUGCAAAUCGAAGUGUUUACUACAGUCAGCAAUAUUUCAAGAUAUUCGAUAACUAAAGACAUCACAUAACCUUUUCGAGGAGUCAUGAUUUAAAAGGAACACUACUGAAGUAGUCUGCUUUGUGCUGCUAUCUGAGGUAUACCUACUAUUGGAUUUCUACGUGUAAACUUAACAAGGGCUUUGUGACCUCUGGAAUUAAAGGUCAUUG